GCAAAUAAGCCCUCCGUCAACCUCCGGAUACAAAAACCGAGCCCCCUUUCAACAGAAAGUUUCUCCUUUCCUCCGCCGUCAACACCAGACUCACAAAAACAAUAGAGACCCCCUCCCUCUUUCGGAUUUCUGUCUUCUGCUUUCUCUCUUUUUUAGUGACAAGAAGAAGAGGAACCGCAGAAGGAGAAAAAUCCGAACCCCUUAAACUCACCAAUCUUCUCCUAUUUAUACAAAAAUCAAAGGAAAACCUAAAGGACGUUGGUCUGCCAUUAUGGUCAGUUGGCUGCAACAUGGGGCGCAGGAUCUAUCUUUGCAGGAAAAGGACGGUGCAGAGAGGAGGCUGUAGGAUCUGGUUGCAGAAGAGGGGCGGCGCAGAGAGGGGGGUGCAGGCUGCUGUAGGCUCGAGGGGUGCAGGAGAAGGGAGGCGGAGUCGGCUCGGUGCAGGAGCAGGGGCGCUAGGCAGCGGUGCUGGUGCGCAGGGCUUGUUGCAGGCGGCAAGGGGGUGGUUCGAGAAGGAGAAAGUAAAAAAAAUAUAAGAAGAAGGGGAAGGUUCGAGAUGCCUACCCUUUUUUCUUUUUCUUUUUCUUUUUCUUUUCUUUUUUUUUUUUUUGGUUCUUUUUUUUUUUUUUUUUUUUGGUUCUUUGGGUUUCUUUUUUUUCUUUUUCUUUUUCUCUUCUUUUUUUUUUUAGUUUGGUUUUGGUGGGUUUGGGUUAGAUGGGUUUUGGGAUUUUAGGCUUUUUGGGUAAUUGUUGGUUUGAGUUUGGUGGGUUUUGGAUUGGGUUUGAUGGGUUUUGGGAUUUUGGGCCUUUUGGGUAAUUGGAUUUGAAUUUGGGUUUUGGGCUGGACUUUGCAUUUCACCCCUCCAACUUUUCAUUUCUUCAAUUGAGUCCUUUUUCUUGUUUUCUUUACCAUCCUCUUCGUGAAAUCCCCUUUUUACCCAUAAACCUAACAAUAAAAGCAAAGAUAACAA